AUGUCAAAAUCCCGUAACAUUGUUUGCGAUGCCCGUUGCCAGCAGUUUCAGCGAGAAAUGGCGAAAAAAGAGGAACAGCUGAGAAACCAAUGGUUCAUCAAGAACCGAAAACGCCUCUACGAGAAUUUGGGAGAGCCGCGUUUUGCGGAAAAACUCAAGAGCCUCGAACAGAAAAGGAAAAAAGAAGUCGCGACAGUGGCCGCGCCACGAAGUCAACAAGUGAGAGGAUCGAAAACGAAGCCCGCAUUGCCGCCAUGGAGGCCAUCCGAGCAAGAUACGGGUCUAAUGAGGCCGAUUAAACCGGACGUCGAGGGUAUCAUCUACGCGGCACAGGACGCGAGUUUCACGUCCAAGUUGAAGUAUCUGCGUGAAAGGUACAAGUCGAAGCCGGAGGAUAGGUUCUACUAUCCGUACUGUUCGAGUUGGAUUUUCGGCUGGCGCUUGAAGGAUUACCCGGAGACCAAGAUAUCCGAGUACGGCGUUCGAUCGAUCAUACAGUCGUCAUUUUAUCGAAAAAGUGCGUCUAGUUUGCAACGAGAUCCGGAUUGGUAUCGCAUGUGCCAAACUGGAGAUCCAAAGAAUUUCAACGAAAUAUUGACAUAUUGA